AUGAAUUCCGAGCAGAUUCGCCAGCAGUCAGUAGCUAUAGUUGGUAUAGCUUGCCGGCUGCCGGGGCAGGCCGCAAAUGUGGACAAACUAUGGGAACUCUUGUAUGAAGGACGUGCUACUUGGUCUCCUGUUCCCGAAACUCGCUUUCAUGAACAAGCCUUUUUUGACCCGGAUAGCAAGAGGAAUGGAGCAUUCCAUACUCGAGGAGGACAUUUCCUCCAAGAUGACAUCUCUCGCUUUGAUGCCCCAUUCUUUAACAUCAACCCCGCAGAAGCAAAGGGUGACCUAAGACAGGCCAUGGACCCUCAAAUGCGUCUGCUGUUAGAGUCCGCGUAUGAAGCAUUUGAAAACAGUGGCAUGACAUUAGAUCUGCUGCGAGGGACUGAUACGGCUGCCUACGUGGCGCUAUACAAUCGUGACUAUGAAAAGAUGCUCCUACGAGACUCCGAAGACCUCCCUUUCUACUAUCAGACCGGCAAUGGCGAGGCGAUGUAUGCCAAUCGACUAUCCUAUUUCUUCGAUCUUCAUGGACCCUCAUCCACUCUGGAUACUGGCUGUAGUGGUGGCAUGGUUGCAUUGCAUCAGGCUUGCGAAAGUAUCCGGCAUGGUGAAAGUACCCAAGCCAUUGUAGGAGCGUCUAACCUGAUCCUGGACCCAGCCAGUAUGAUAGGUCCUAGCUUCCUCCAGUUCUAUUCUUCUGAUGGUCGCAGUAAGGCAUUCGAUCAAUGUGCGGAUGGAUAUGGGCGAGGCGAGGGAGUCUGCACUUUGGUGCUGAAGCGCUUGUCAGCGGCAAUCGCAGAUGGCGACCCUAUUCGGGCUGUUAUAAAAAGUUCAGUCAUGAAUCAAGACGGGCGCACCACUGGAAUCACCGUGCCUAGUGGGGAGGCGCAAGAGUCACUAAUCCACGCUGCAUAUGUGGCGGCUGGACUGGAUCCGGCUGACACUAGCUAUGUUGAGGCUCACGGCGCGGGUACUGCAGUUGGAGAUCUCACUGAAAGUCAGUCCGUUGGGUCAGUCAUUGGAAAUGCUAGAAAAACAAAAGGGCGGGAACCAGUUGUAAUUGGCUCCAUUAAAGCCAACAUCGGCCAUCUAGAAAACGUUAGUGGCCUGGCGGCAGUGAUCAAGGCAGUGCUUGUGAUAGAGAAAGGAUGUAUCCCCAAAGCCGUGAAGUUUCAACAGCCCAGCCAGGAAAUUCAAUGGAAAAGUUGGAACUUGGAUCUCCCUACUCAAUUGCGAAGCUUAGACUCCUCUCAGGUGUCUUUGAAUAGCUUCGGGUAUGGUGGCACAAAUGUCCAUGUCAUCCUCGACAAAUUCCACGAGAAUGAAGAAAUAAAUGACUCCAUAACUGACAGGUCUCGAUCUCUUGUCUUUGCUCUGUCAGCUCGAUCCAGUAGCUCUGCCUACCUCGCAGCCGAGAUUUUACAGAAGUACUUGGAUAAAAUACAUUUAGACAGGGAGAACAACAGCAUUUUUCAUUCCUUGGCUCAUACCCUAUCCACUCGCCGUUCCAUUUUUCCCUGGAGAGCGGCGGUCGUGGCCAGCUCGGUGUCUCAGUUGCAUGAACGACUUGGCUCCAUCACAUAUUUACAUAAUAAGAAGAUGCCUAAGAUCGGGUUCGUUUUCACAGGUCAGGGAGCGCAGUGGGCUACGAUGGGAAGUGAGCUUUGGGAGAUCAAUGCUGUGUUUCGAAAUUCUAUUGCAGCGGCAGAGAAGUGUCUAACCGACCUAGGAGUUAACUGGAAGCUCACCGAUGAGCUAUGGAAGUCACCGGAUCAGUCCAGACUCAAUAGCGCGAUACUUGCACAACCGGCAUGCACAGCCAUCCAACUGGCAUUAGUUGAUCUGCUGGCCGCGUGGAACAUCUACCCUAGUGCCGUUACCGGCCACUCCAGUGGUGAGAUUGCGGCUGCCUAUGCCUGUAAGGCCAUUUCCUUCCGCGAUGCGAUACUGGUUGCAUAUGCGCGAGGCUGUGUGGCCGGUCAGAUCGCCGAGGAUAAGAGGUUCAAUGGUGCGAUGAUAGCUGUGGGCCUAGGACCGCAGGCUGUGGAAUCCUACCUUCACGCCUCCUCGGAAUCUGACGGUUUAGUCACGAUAGCUUGCAUCAAUAGCCCUGAGGCUGUCACAGUUUCCGGUGAUAAGGUCGCCGUGGACAUAUUAGAAGCAAAGCUGCACCAUGAUGGGGUCUUUGCUCGUCGACUACCUGUAGAUGUAGCCUACCAUUCAUACCAUAUGCUGCGGGUAGCGGAUAUGUAUCGCGACGCCCUCGCUACAAUGAAAGCGCCGCACUCCAACCCUGAUGUACCGUUCUACUCGAGCGUGACAGGUACGGCUCUUGACGGAACGAAAUUGGGACCACAGUAUUGGGUACAGAACCUUGUCUCACCGGUUCUAUUCUCGCCCGCGAUGGAUAAGUUGCUAUCUUCGGAAGCUCCUCAGAUGAUAGUAGAAAUUGGCCCACACGCAGCCUUGAAGGGCCCUAUCAAGCAGAUUUUUAAAGUGAAGGCAAUCAAAAUUCUCUACUUAUCAACCAUGGUCCGUCAUCAGCGCACCAGCCAAUGUCUGACCGAGCUCGCCUCCCAUCUUUUCACUCACGGCGCUCAAGUCAAUUUGGACAAGGUGAACCUCAUGUCGGGCUCGACUCGACACAGGGUCUGUCUUACUGACCUCCCUCCAUAUCCAUGGGACCAUUCAUCAUCCUUCUGGCACGAAAGCCGACUGAACAAGAACUAUAGGCAUCGAGCAGAUCCGGCGCAUGAGCUACUUGGAAUCCUCAGUCUGGAAUCGAGCUGGAUGGAACCUCGAUGGCGGAACUAUAUCAGCCUCUCCUCACAUUCGUGGUUGGCCGGGCAUCGAAUUCAUGACGAGGUAAUCUUCCCUGCUGCAGGGUUUAUGGUCAUGGCCAUGGAAGCGGCGUACAAGAUGGCAACUCAGCAGCUCCCUCAACAUAAGCGCAUGGGUAAUAUCGAAUUGAGCGAUGUCUCCAUCUGUGAAUCUCUGAUUAUACCCAACUCCGGAUCCAUUGAACUCAUAUUCGUCCUGCGACCAGCCAGUGACUUGCGCGGACGAGAUCUCGCGCGCCGGCAUGAGUUCGUAAUCAGUUCCUGCUCUGAUAAACGGAAUGUAGUAGAGCACUGUCGCGGAUUUGUGAAGAUUGACCUUGAUGACACGGAGCCACUGUUAGGUCUACUCGAACACCAGAUUGAUAUAGAGACACUGCCUCAAGUUCGGAUAGAAAGGUGGUAUGAUGAUUUGAAGCGAAUUGGCAUUGGGUAUACCGAUCAGUUCCGGGGAUUAGUCACCGCAUCAGCAGGACGUGGCUAUUCAAGCUCCACGCUCAGGCCCCAUGCCACAUUAGGCAAAUAUAGCGUCGGACUUCAUCCUGCAACAUUAGAUCUCUGCCUGCAAACCAUGCUCGCAGCAAUCGGAUCGACAGACGCCAUCCGGGGCCCCAUCUUACCGACGUACAUACAAGGUGCUUCCGUGAGGGUAGAUUGUCUGAAAAAUGCUUAUAGCAGAAUGCGGGUCUCUUCGAAAGUGAAGAAACUCGAUGGGAAUAAAUUCUAUGCCGACAUCGAGGGCUGUUCCUUUGAUGCAGAUCAGACCGGUCUCGUCAUGUCGCUGCGAGGCCUGCAAGCCGUAUCCCUAAAAAGCGUGUCCAAAAAAAUGGAUGAGACUGACCAGGUUAAAGCGUGUCAAAAGAUGUUUAUGAUGCUCGACCCAGAUCACCUGAACGACAGGAUGGUGGAUGAAAUUUGUAACGCAUCUCUCUCACCGGUCUCUGUCGCGUCCAUGUUAGCACAGUUCCGAGACGUGUGCCGCUAUUACGCUCAAGCAGCCGUUAAGGAGAUAUCGCAUGAAGAUGUGCAACGGAUGACACCCUAUCAGAUACAGUACUUGACAUGGCUACAGAGAGAAGCUAAACUGGGCGCAUAUGAUGUGUCGGCAAGCUUAGUAGACCAGGUUAACUCAUUAAAUGCAGAAGGGGAGAUGAUCUGUCGCGUGGGUAGUGGUCUGCCGUCUAUCCUCAAGGGGCUUCAGGAACCGCUGUCCUUGAUGAUGGAGGACAACCUUCUCUAUCGGCUCUACGAGGAUGACCAGAGUAUGCAACGCUCUGCUACACAAGCCGGAGAAUUUGCACGCAUGUUAGGGUUGAAAUCCCCGGGUCUGCGCAUCCUGGAGAUUGGCGGUGGCACGGGAUGCGCCACAUUGCCAAUCCUAGAGGCUCUGAGUCGGUCAGAACGAGAUUUAUUUUCUCAUUAUAGAUUUACCGAUGUGUCCUCUGGAUUUUUUGCCAAUGCACAUAAGAAACUGGAACAGUGGAAAGAACUCAUUCAAUAUCAGAAGUUGGAUAUUGAGCAGGAUCCCGCACAACAAGGGUUUGAGCCGUCGGACUACGACCUUGUGGUCGCGGCCAACGUUCUACAUGCUACCACCAAUAUUGAGAAGACCGUCCAGCACGUGCGUCAGUUGUUGAAAGAAGGAGGCAAGCUGUUGCUGCUCGAGAGCACAAGGCCAACAGUGCACCGUUCGUUUAUCUUUGGUUCGCUGCCAGGCUGGUGGUUGGGGGCCACCCAGCGUAACAAAGGCGGCCCUUUGCUAAGCGAGCAGGAGUGGAACGAGACUCUUCUGGGCCAAAGGUUUAGUGGGGUAGACGCAAUUCUGCAUUCAUAUCCGGCUCCGGAGGAUCAAAGUGAUAGCUUAAUCAUAUCAACUGCCUGCCCUGACGGUCCCCCGUACAUCGACGGAGCUCAACUGGCACUGACUUUGACUCAAGAACAGCUGUCCAAAACAGAGAAGAGCCUAGGCUACCGAGUCGCUCAGCGACUCUCUACCCUCAUGAUUUCCAGAGCUGUAGAAAUUCAUCCACUGGGAGACAACCGAUUACAGGAUCGAACGUGCAUCAUGUUGACCGAUCUCGAUGGGUCUAUGAUCGGUGAUCUUGACCCAGCAAAAUUGCAGGAUCUCAAGCACACAUUGAAGUUAGCGCGUGAGGUGAUUUGGGUGACUUGCGGUGCUAUGGAUCAGUGCAUAAAUCCCAUGCCAAGUUUGGUUUGGGGCCUAGCACGAGUGCUGCGACAUGAAAACCCCCACGUUCCGAUCAUUACCCUCGACCUUGACCCAGAGGACCUGCCACAGUCCCAAGAGAUGACGGCAACGCUUCGAAAUUUCAUUUACCGAUAUCUCCAGAGCCCAGAUAUGGGAAACAGGGAGUGGAUUGAACGCAGAGGGCAGUGGUAUGUUCCUCGAUUGAUUGAGGACGCAGCCACCACGCAAUUUGUUCGGUUCCACUCGUUGGCUCCACAGCUUAGUGCCUCUCAGUUAGAGUCUUUCCAUCAGCAAGGACGAGCACUAUCUCUGACGACUAAACAUACGGGAAGUCUCCAGGAUUUGACCUUCACAGAUGAUGAUGUUCUCGAGGCACCUCUCUCUGAGGCAGAAGUACUAGUGGAGGUCAAAGCAUCUGGUGUCAACUUCCGUGAUAUUAUGGUGUGCUUAGGCCAAAUGCCAGACGAAAAUGUUGGAGAGAUCGCUGGUGUAGUCACGAAGGUUGGCAGGGAUUCACGGCACGAGUUCUCCGAGGGAGAUAGGGUUUACACAUGGCACGUGCCUCGAUUUGCCAGCCACGUUCGAUGUCCAGCGUCGAGUGUACGUCGAAUUCCAAUCAGUGUCUCCUUUGAACAGGCCGCAUCAAUUCCCAUUACCUAUUGUACAGCGUAUCACUGUCUUGUAAAUGUGGCGCAACUACGUCCUGGAGAGAAGAUCUUGAUACAUUCCGGCGCCGGAGGUGUUGGUCAGGCCGCAAUUGCUCUCGCUCAACAUCUGGGAGCAACCGUGUUUACGACUGUUGGUUCGGAUGAAAAGAAGCAGGUCCUCAUAGAGCAGUAUGGGCUUUCUGAGUCUCGCAUCUUCUCUAGCCGGUCAAAUAGUUUCACCAGACGGAUUCAUGCAGUGACCGGCGGCCGGGGCGUCGACGUUGUUAUCAACGCUCUAGCCGGUUCUUUCUUGCAGAAGUCCUUGGAAGUAUUGGCCCCACUGGGCCGAUUUGUGGAAAUUGGCAAGAGCGAUUUUCUCGCUCACGCCCGGAUGGAUAUGAGUGCUUUUGCACGCUCGAUCUCAUUUUCUGCUGUCGAUCUCGUUCAGCUGGCGCGAGAAAAGCCGCAAUGCAUCGCAGAGGUCUUCACUGGUGUGCAUCAAAUGCUGGUAGAACAACAGAUCAAGCCAGCAUAUCCUCUCAGCGCUUUCCCAAUCUCGCAUCUUGAGGAGGUAUUUCGUAUGAUGCAGAAAGGGCAGCAUGUGGGUAAACUGGUCAUUACGCAUGGCCCCAAUGAUAUGGUCAACGUAUUGCCACGAAGCCCUCCUGUGGCUCGACUACGAUCAAACGUUACUUACCUCCUUGUCGGUGGGCAAGGUGGUCUUGGACGUGCACUUAGUAUUUGGAUGGCCAAGUGUGGCGCUCGGAGCAUUGUUUCUCUUUCCCCAUCGGGUGCUAGACGACCUCUUACGCGGGGUCUCAUUGAGGAGCUGGCACAGAUGGGAGUUCAACUCUUCUCCCGCUCUUGUGAUAUCGGAGACCGUAGCCAGUUGCAAGUUAUCCUCGCAGACUGUGCCAAACAUAUUCCUCCGAUACAUGGUAUCAUUCACGCUGGGCUCACACUCAAGAACACAACUUUUGAAAAUAUGACAUUUGAAGAUUUUCAGCAGGUGCUGCAACCAAAAGUGGCGGGCACUUAUAAUCUUCAUGAGUACUUCCAGGAUCAGCCGCUCGACUUCUUCCUCAUGCUCUCGUCCUAUGUCGGGCUGCUUGGCAGUACUGGGCAAGCCAAUUAUGCUGCGGCGUCUACCUUUCAAGACGCCUUUGCGCGUUGGCGAACGAGUCUCGGCAAACCGACAUACUCUCUCGAUCUCGGAACUAUGCUAGGGGCGGGAUCUCUUCAUGAGAAGCCUGAGGCGCUAGCCCAUUUCGAGAGGAUGGGGCUGGGAGGAAUCCCCCUCCCCGCACUCUUCGCUCUUGUUGGCUACGCAAUAUCAAAUCCCGUCUCUGACUAUUGUGACAGUCAGAUUGCCAUUGGAUGGGCGCCACCACCAACAUGGACUCGAGCCGAUUACGCUGCUUUGGAUCCCCUCGUCUCGCACCUCUCCCCACGCCUACCUCCAUCCAGCGACGACAAAGAAUCUCACGAAGUCUCUAUCGACGAGGCUCAAGACCGUCAGCCCCUCUCCACGGCCCUUUCCCGCUGCCAGACCCCAGAGGAACGAGCCUCUGCAAUUACUGUGGCUCUCGUCAAGCAAAUUGUGAACAUCCUCGGAGUCGCUACAGAAGAUGUGGAUCUUGGCAAACCGAUCGCGGCCCAUGGAGGGGAUUCGCUGGUGGCCAUCGAGUUCCGCAACUGGUUCCGCAAAGAGGUCGGGCACGGUUUCACCACUGAUCAGGUAUCGAAUCUGUUUUCUGUCCAACAACUGGCCGCUGAGGCUGCUGGAUGA